CCCGUGGUUGGGCGCGGGUGCAGCCGAGCCGAGCAGGGUACAAAGCCUUGUGAUGUGGUUCUCGCUCAGUCGGUGCGUCGUCCUCGCCGCGGUGGCGGCGGCGCGGUCGAACCAGACAGGUCGUACCGGCGGCGGGCUUUGAUCGGAGACUCAGGGGUGCAGAGAAGAAAUAUUUAAGUAAUUGCAAGUAGUAUCUUCUAUUAUAUUAAUAUUUUAGAGGAAAAAGAUCCACCACAUUCGUUUUGAAUGUAUACCAUGUUAAUGGAAAAAAAAAAAAGAUCGCCGCGUUGUGCAGCGGAGAGCGUACAAAUUUUAAUAUCGCCGGUGGUGCGGCGUUUUGGCAGCAUGCCACCGCCCUGCUUCCUUGGAAACAGAGCGAGCGUCCGUUGGCCGGUCCAAAACCGGCGGCUCGCUCCCUGAUUUCGCCUUCUCCCCCUCCAUUUCCCCGCCGGUUUCGCGCCCGGCCGCGUAUAAAGCGGCCUCCUUGCACGCUUUCCGCUUGUCACCCGCGGAGCUCACUGACAAACGAAGCACUUUCAGCUCAGUAGCAAGCGCGUCGCAGGCGAUCGAGAUGGCGGCAGCGGCAGCGGCAGCGGCGGGGAGCAGGAAGGCGCCGUCGCUGGUGGUGGCGGCGAGCAUGGGCGCGGUGGAGGCGCUCAAGGACCAGGCGGGCCUGUGCCGCUGGGACUACGCGCUCCGCUCGCUCUACCACCGCGCCGCCGCGCCCCGGAUCCGCGCCCUGUCCGCCUCGCUCUCCGACUCCACGGGGGAGCUGCCCCGGACGAGCGCGGGCCGGCCAUCCGCGGAGGACGCGAGGUUGCGGAAGGCCUACCACCUCGUGUGCUGGGGGCCCAACUGAUUGAUCUCGACUUCGAUCUACGCCUCUUCGGUCCUUUCUCUCAUCUCGUCGUGUAUUGCUAGAGCGCAUCCACAGUAUUACUUGAUACCUAUAUCUAAUCUCGACUUCAGAUUCUAAGUUGUAUUUUAUUUGUCUAAUUUUUUUAAUUAGAUAGACACCGUUUCAUGAAGUAAUACUUAUCCAUCCUAGUACUUGUAGAUGAUAGAGCGAUGCAAUGUUCCUUUCGAGUCUCCGAGCUGUAGGAUCCCUAAAAAACUAGGAAUUCGGGACUUGAUAUGUAGUGUUCUUGUGCAUUGUGCUCUCUCUAUGUACGCACUGCCGAUUACGGGACAAGUCCAACUCCAACCUGAACUGGACUGCAUGCGGUGACUCUGGUAGGCAGCCCUUUGUGCUGCGAUCUAGGCUUUUAGAAUUCUCGUUCUGUCUUUUCGUUUUCGAACUUCGAUUAUAUGCUGAGCUACUUCUGUAAUUUCUUUGCAAUAGUAAUGAAAUUCGGGUAAUAUACUAAUACCCAUUUUGGAAAGGGAAAAAAAGGCCCAACCUGAACUCUGAAGUGAACUGUGCAAUUGUUCCUGGACUGACAAGGAUGCCGAUAAGAUGAUACUCAUCAGACUUGCUUUGCUGCAGUUUGUAAUUCUGUAUCAUUAACGAGAGCCAAGAAGAUGAGAUGUGCUCUAGUGGCAAUUAGCAGUGCGACGAGGCAAUGCAUUACACUAUACUACGAACCCAGUACUGACACACGCAAGGGUAGAUCGGGAAGAGAGAAAGAUUCAGCGCUCAGGCCUUUCGCGAUGCGUUCAAAGUCCACAAAGAGUACAGAGGUCCAACAGGAUGGCGCGCGCAACCGGAUCCAGAUCCCUGACGUCACACGGGGUGCACAGUAAAACGCUAGGGAUGCUACAAGACCCUACCGUCGAACGCCUGUGGAUACUGUUUAUAAAAACAUUGCAUCGUAUUUACUAUUUAUUAG